GUGAUCAAUGAAGCCUGCCCUGGGGCUGAAUGGAAUAUCAUGUGCCGGGAGUGCUGUGAAUAUGACCAGAUUGAGUGCGUGUGCCCUGGGAAGAAAGAAGUGGUGGGUUACACUAUUCCUUGCUGCCGGAAUGAGGAGAAUGAGUGUGACUCUUGUUUGAUUCACCCAGGUUGCACCAUCUUCGAGAACUGCAAGAGCUGCCGGAAUGGCUCCUGGGGGGGUGCUCUGGAUGACUUCUACGUGAAGGGCUUCUACUGUGCUGAAUGUCGAGGGGGCUGGUAUGGAGGGGAUUGCAUGAGAUGUGGCCAAGUUCUGCGGGCCCCCAAAGGACAGAUUCUACUAGAAAGUUAUCCUCUGAAUGCUCACUGUGAGUGGACCGUCCACGCCAAACCCGGAUUCAUCAUCCAGCUUAGAUUUGUUAUGUUGAGCCUGGAAUUUGACUAUAUGUGCCAAUAUGACUAUGUCGAGGUCCGGGAUGGGGACAACAGCGACAGCAGGAUAAUCAAACGCUUCUGUGGGAAUGAGCGGCCAGCCCCCAUCCAAAGCACCGGGCCCUCCCUCCACAUCCUCUUCCAGUCAGACGGCUCUAAGAACUUUGAUGGGUUCCAUGCCAUCUUUGAAGAGAUCACAGCCUGUUCUUCAUCUCCAUGUUUCCAUGAUGGCACAUGCCUCCUUGAUAAAACUGGAUCUUAUCAGUGUGCUUGCCUGGCGGGCUACACUGGGAAGCGCUGUGAAAGUCUGGUGAUGUGUAAGACUCCAGGUGUUCCUGCCCAUGGGAUGGUGGAAGGAAGUGAUCUUAGAUAUGGGGCCCAGGUUUACUUCAGGUGCCUCCCGGGGUACAGCUUAAAAGGCAAUCGGGUUGCCUUAUGUCAGCUUGAUGGAAGCUGGACCACACAUGACCCAGCCUGUGUGCUGGAAGAAAAAAACUGUUCUGACCCAGGAGGCCCAAUCAAUGGGUAUAGGAGAACAUCGGAAGGCAGUGGACUCAUAAAUGGGCGCUAUGCCAAAAUUGGCACCAUCAUGUCCUUCUUUUGCAACCACUCAUAUGUGUUAAGUGGAAAUGAGCAAAGAACUUGCCAAUCAGAUGGAGAAUGGUCAGGAAAGCAGCCUAUAUGUAUAAAAGCAUGCAGAGAACCAAAGAUUUCUGACCUAGUGAGACAGAGAGUCCUCCCCAUGCAAGUCCAGUCAAGGGAGACGCCUCUACACCAGCUCUACUCAGCGAAGUUCAGCAAGCAGAAGCUGGACAGCUACCCAACUAAGAAGCCGGCGCUUCCCUUUGGGGAGCUGCCCCCUGGCUAUGUUCACUUACACACCCAGAUCCAAUAUGAGUGCCUCUCGCCCUUCUACCGCCGCCUGGGAAGCAGCCGAAGAACCUGUUUAAAGACCGGAAAGUGGAGCGGGCGGGCGCCAUCCUGUAUUCCAAUCUGUGGAAAGAUUGAGAACAUGACUGCUCCAAAGACACCCGGGACCCGUUGGCCAUGGCAAGCUGCCAUCUACAGAAGGACCAUUGGGUUGCAGGAUAGCAGCCUCCACAAGGGCACCUGGUUCCUGAUCUGCAGUGGCGCCCUGGUGAAUGAAAGGACUGUGGUUGUGGCUGCACACUGUGUCACCGACCUGGGCAAGAGCAUUGUGAUCAAGGCAGCCGAGCUCAAAGUGGUCCUGGGCAAGUUCUACCGAGAUGAUGACCGCGAUGAGAAGACCAUUCAGAGUUUACGGGUGAGAGAUGAAUAG